GCCCUGAGGCGCAGCGGGCGGGGAGGGCCCGGCCGCCCCUCAGCCCCCUCAGCCGAGCGCGGGCCCCGCCGACCGGGGGCUGCGCCGGGACCUGCGCUGCGGUUGUUGCUGACAGCGAAGGCCUUCCUCUUACAGCUGUUUAAAUGAGAAUGUCCCUGGCGCAAAGAGUACUGCUGACAUGGCUUUUUACGUUACUCUUCCUCAUCAUGCUGGUGCUGAAGUUGGAUGAGAAAGCACCAUGGAACUGGUUCCUCAUUUUCAUUCCAGUGUGGAUAUUCGAUACAAUUCUCCUAGUUAUGUUAAUUGUAAAAAUGGCUGGACGGUGUAAGUCUGGCUUUGACCCUCGGAACGGCUCCCAGAACAUGAAGAAGAAAGCCUGGUACCUCAUUGCAAUGCUCCUGAAAUUGGCCUUCUGCCUUGCCCUCUGCGCGAAGCUGCAGCGAUUCACCACCAUGAAACUGGCCUACGUGUUCAUCCCACUGUGGGCCCUGCUUAUCGGCGGGAUGGUGGAACUGGGAUACAAUAUCUUCUAUGUACGAAGAGACUGAGCUCUGCCAGGUGGUUUUCAGCCCAAGGAUUGGCACCAAAUUACCAGAAUAUUACCAUUUUGCCAUAAAUUUGCUCUUCAAACUAGAAAGCCAAAUAAGAAAUGGGUCAAGCUGGAGAUUUUAUCUAAAGCAGGCUGAAGACUGGAAGUAGACUUGUUCCAUUUUUUUAUUUUAAAACUAUCACAUAUGCUCUUGUAAAUAAAAGUAUUUGUUCAACAUAA